CUCAACCCAAAAGGAACAUGAGGAGGCUUGCGUCAUAUGUUAUCUUUAUUGUCUGUUGUGGUCUGGCAUUGUCUCAACAACCAGAACGAAAAUGCUUGAGGGAGAAGGUCAUUGUGUUCCCGGAACUGAGCACCAACACCUGGGUGAAGCUCCAUCCCAAUGAAUCCAUGACUCAGACUGAAUUUACUGUGUGUUUGAGAUUCUACCCUGAUCCAGAGAGCUCCAACCCAUGUCUGUUUUCAAUUGCCACACCAUCCAAUCCUCGAGACAUUUCCUUAUUGUGGUUUGUUGACACCAAACAAUACCAGUUGGUCAUUCAUAACUCUCUGGUCCAGUUCAAUGGUUUGCCAUUAAAUCUGAAUCAGUGGAACACAAUUUGUGUUACAUGGGAUGUCAAAAAUGCUCUUGCGCAGAUGUUUGUGAAUGAAGUAGCCAGCAUUAAGAGGGUUGUAGGCCCUAAGCAAGCUUUUAAAGGAGAGCCUGUCAUAUCACUCGGCCAGUGUCAGACCAAAGUUCACAGUGCCUUUCACCUGUCCAAAACCUUCACAGGUUUCAUAUCAGAUGUGCAUAUGCACAAUCAAGUCCUAACCAUCAAUCAGAUUAAGACCUACAUGGAGGCAAAGAGCAAAUACAAACUUGGUGAUUAUAUCAACUGGCACAAUCUGAUGUACACCAUUUUUGGGUCUGCAGAAAUCAAUGAAAAGCAUCAGGUAACCUUCAAAGUCAAAGAAGAGCAACCAUAAUACACCUUUGUACUGCAUUGUAUUGUAACAUGAGA